UCGCAUUCAGUUCCUCUCUGCCCUCCUCGUCUCCGUCAUGAGGAUGCAGGUCACCUUCCUGCUGGUGGCCGCGGCCGCGUGCGUCCUGGGCGACAAAGGGGAGGUCAUUGCCCGCACUGUGUCUGUCAAGUCUCCCGAACGAAGAUCCAGCGUCAUCUCCCACUUCACCCCCGCGGACCACAGAUAUGAGGCCACUGGGAGCGUGCUUAUCGCCCCGGAGUCCGCGGAGGCCAGCAGGCCAGUCCAGCGAACCUACGGACCUCCAGCAGUCACUCAACAAGUGCAACCCGCUGUGCCAAGUGGACCCGCGCGUCCUGCCUCCAAGGCCUCUGGAGCCGCCCUUACUCGUACGGUAAAGGUCAAGACGCCUGUUAGGGUGCCCACUGUCAUAUCCCACUUCGUUCCCGCAGACCACAGAUAUGACGCUGAAGGGUCAGUCACCAUCGUGAAGGGAUCAGCUGCUUCCACCAGGGGUUCGGCUGCUGGCUCUGGCGCAGCGGCUCAGUUUGUGUCCCUUCCAGCGCCCCCCCGCAAGGUCAAGGUGGAACGAAAACUAAGUGCGUCUUCACAGGGAUCUUCCAGUUCUGCUGCUGCCGCCGCCGCUGCUGCUGCUUCUGCCGCCAAAUUGGCCCUGACGAGGACCGUCUCUGUCAAGAGCCCCGAGAGGGUGCCAACUGUCAUCUCCCACUUCGUGCCAGCAGAACACAGAUAUGAGGCAACCGGCUCCGUCACCAUCGUCAAAGGGUCACAGAAUUCUGGAAGUGGCUCAGCUGGUGGCCAGGCUCAGUUUGUUUCAAGACCUGCCCCUGCUCCCAAACCCAGACGCCCUGCCCCAGUUCCCGCGCUUAAACUAGACAGCCAGUUUUCUGGAGCUUCUUCCUCAGCCUCCAACCUGGCUCUGACGAGGACCGUCUCCGUCAAGAGCCCCGAGAGGGUGCCCACUGUCAUCUCCCAUUUUGUGCCCGCCGAGCACAGGUAUGAAGCUACCGGCUCCGUCACCAUCGUCAAGGGGUCGCAAAACGCUGCAAGAGGAGGUUCCCUGAGUGGAUCAUCUGCUUCACAGGCCACGUUUGUGAAACCUGCUGCCCCUGCCCCUGCCCCUGCCCCUGCCCCUGUUCAGUUUAAGGUGAAGAAAAUUAGCAGACCUGCACAGACCUUCUCUUCUGCUGCUUCCUCCGCCGCCAACUUGGCCCUCACAAGGACGGUCUCCGUCAAGAGCCCUGAGAGGAUACCCACCGUCAUCUCCCACUUUGUUCCUGCCGAGCACCGCUACGAGGCCACUGGCUCCGUCACCAUCGCUAAGGGGUCACAAGGCGCCACGAGGAGGGUUUCAGGUGCAUCAGGGUCUGCUGCAGGGGCUCAGGUCUCAUUCAGACCAGCUGCUAUUCCCCUCCCCGUAGCCUCCUUAGCCUCGCCUAAACCGCGUGUUGAAGCUGUCCGCAAAGCAUCAUCAGGCUCUGAAGCCAACCUGGCUCUGACGAGGACAGUCUCAGUCAAGAGCCGCGACAGGCAGCCCACCGUCAUCUCGCACUUUGUACCCGCCGAGCACCAGUACGAAGCUACCGGCUCCGUCACCAUCGUGAAGGGGUCGUCUGGAGGCCGUCAAUCAAGUGGUUUUAGUCAGGCCUCGUCUAGCUCCGGCAGGAGAGUUUCGGGAGGUAGUUCAUCAUUUGGAGCCACCGGCGGAUCGUCGUUCUCUACUUUUGGUCAAGCGUCUGGAAGUGCCGCUGGUGCAUCAGGUAGCCAGGCUGCCUUUGGACAACGUCAGGGCGGGUCAUUUGGUGCCUCUGCCUCUGGAAGCUCCUCGGGCAGUAGUGGAUCAUUCAGUGCUUCUAGUCAAUCGUCAAGAAAGCAAGAGUCACUCAGCGCCAGCCGCAAGGCUGCCUCCUCAGGUCAAUCCGCCAGUGGCAGAGUUUCUUUCGGAGCCAGUCAGGCAGCAUCCGCUGGUGCCUUUGGUCAGGCCUCUGGAAGUGCCAGUCAGGCAGCAUCCGCCGGUGCCUUUGGUCAAGCAUCUGGACGUGCCAGUCAGGCAGGUUCAGUCAGCGCCAGUCAGAAGGCAUCGGCUAGCUCCAGCAGGGCAGAAUCAUCUUCAGCAAGGAGACAGUCAGCAGCAGCAGCCUCCACCAGUCAAAGUUCAGGUUAUGGUACCUCAGCGUCUGCUCAGCGAUCACAAGCUUCCGCCGCAGCCGCUGCAGCAGCCGCAGCCGCCAGAGGUUCAUCCUCUGAGUCCUACACUUACCGACUGGCGGAACCUUACCGAGGCGGCAGCUCAGUGAGUGCUGCCGAACUUCUCGCCGAACUCAAGGCCUUCAGGGAGGAGUCAGCGAGAUCAGGAGUCAAGAUCAGCCAAACGAGACAGUCCGGCAGAGACGACGAUGGCAGUGGCACAGACCCGUACAACUUCAGCAUCCGGGUGCAAGACUCCUCCUCGACCAAUUACCAGAGCCGCGAUGAGUGGGUCGGGGAUGAUGGGGUCACCUACGGCUGGUACACAAUGCUCAUGCCAGAUGGCUUCUUCUACAACUACACAUACACCUCCCAUCCUGUCAAGGGCUACCAGGUCAAGGUGACGAAGGAAGACUCCGGCAUCGCCCUGAAGCCCGUCGAGGCAGACAUCUUUGCUCCGGCCACCGUUUUCUCUGACAAAGGAAUCGGAAGGUUCGCUGACUUUGCCAUCUCUGGCGUCAACAACGACUACCAAGAGCCAAACACCAUGAACUACGAAGAGAACGCCGCCGCUAUGUUCGCCGAAUCACUCGCUGAGGCUAUGAAUGUUCAACAAUCCUCCUCCACUAGGGCCGCCGUCUCCUCCGGGCCUGCCAGUCACAUCUGUGGACAUAGGAUCGUUCGUGAACGUGGCUCCAAGACACCCGGCAGCAGGACCCUUGAAGGACUAGUCUACGGGCCCUGCACCUACACCGAGGAAGCUGCCAUCCGCGUCACAGAGGAAAGGAGAGGAAGCUCUGGCUCAGGGUCACGUGGCUCAUUUGGUGCCUCGGGCUCAGCUUCUGGUUUUUCGGCUCAAGGAUCCUCAUCAGGUUUUGCCAGCAAAGCUUCUGGCUCAUCUUCAGGUGCCUCCUCGUCAUCAGGAUCAGCCUCUUUCGGUUCAUCUGCUGCCUUUGCUGGCAAGGCCUCUGGUUCGGCCUCACGGUCCUCCUCGUCCUCUGGAUCAGCCUCUUCAGGCUCAUCUGCUGCUUUUGCUAGCAAGGCUUCUGGUUCGGCCUCUCAGUCUGUCAGCCAGAUUUCUGGUUCUUCUUUCGGUGCUGCCAGCAAGGCUGCUGAUGCUGCAUUUGUGUCUGCUAGCCAGAGCUCUGGAUCUGCCUUCGGAUCUGCCAGCAAGGCAUCCGGCUCUACCUUUGGAUCUGCCAGCCAAAGCUCUGGUUCUGCCAGUGCCAGCAAGGCAUCAGGUUCUGCCUUUGGUUCUGCCAGCCGCGGCUCUGGUUCUGCCAGUGCCAGCAAGAUCUCAGGUUCUGCCUUUGGAUCUGGCAGCCAAAGCUCUGGUUCUGCCUUUGGAUCUGGCAGCCAAAGCUCUGGUUCUGCCUUUGGAUCUGGCAGCCAAAGCUCUGGUUCUGCCUUUGGAUCUGGCAGCCAAAGCUCUGGUUCUGCCUUUGGAUCUGCCAGUCGCGGCUCUGGGUCUGCCAGUGCCAGCAAGGUCUCAGGUUCUGCCUUUGGAUCUGGCAGCCAAAGCUCUGGUUCUGCCUUUGGAUCUGGCAGCCAAAGCUCUGGUUCUGCCUUUGGAUCUGCCAGUCGCGGCUCUGGGUCUGCUAGUGCCAGCAAGGUCUCAGGUUCUGCCUUUGGAUCUGGCAGCCAAAGCUCUGGUUCUGCCUUUGGAUCUGGCAGCCAAAGCUCUGGUUCUGCCUUUGGAUCUGGCAGCCAAAGCUCUGGUUCUGCCUUUGGAUCUGCCAGUCGCGGCUCUGGGUCUGCCAGUGCCAGCAAGGUCUCAGGUUCUGCCUUUGGAUCUGGCAGCCAAAGCUCUGGUUCUGCCUUUGGAUCUGGCAGCCAAAGCUCUGGUUCUGCCUUUGGAUCUGCCAGUCGCGGCUCUGGGUCUGCCAGUGCCAGCAAGGUCUCAGGUUCUGCCUUUGGAUCUGCCAGUCAAAGCUCUGGUUCUGCCUUUGGAUCUGCCAGUCGCGGCUCUGGGUCUGCCAGUGCCAGCAAGGUCUCAGGCUCUACCUCCGGAUCUGCCAGCCGUAAAGUCUCCUCUGGUUCUUCAGGCGCUGGGUCCAGUUUCUUCCAGUCUUUGGGUUCAUCUGGUAGUUUGAGCUCAUCGGGCUCGUCUGGAGCUCAGUUCUUCGGGUCAGCAGGAGCCUCCAGAUCAGGGAGUUCCGAGGAAUCUGGAUCGGGACGGUAUUCCUCAGGAUUUACUUUCCAAACCUCCUCCAGCCCAUCCAGUUCUGAGGAAAAAUCUGGUGAAUCAUCCUCCAAAUUCCAGUCCAGCUCCAGCUCCUUCUCAAGUGGGUUUUCGUCAUCUUCUCGCAGUGGUGGAGGAGGAUCUGGAGGAUCCCUCACGCGCACAGUUUCUGUCAAGUCUCCCGUCCGUCACUCAAGUGUCAUCAGUCACUUUGUCCCCGCCGACCACGUUUAUGAUGCCAGCGCAGGCGUCACGCUCGGCAGCUCCUCGGUGAGACAGUCUUCAACCCCAUCCAGAGCUGUGUUUGUGUCUGCAAAGUCAGGUGAGUCUGCCGCAGCUGCUCGUAAAGCUGCCGAGGCUGCCCUUGCCGCCGCCUCUCGCUCUGCUGCUUCUAGGGCCUCGAACUUGGCUCUCACCCGCACUGUUGCCGUCAAGUCCCCAGAGAGACACACCAACGUUAUUUCUCACUUUGUUCCCGCCGAGCACAGGUAUGAGGCCGUCGGGAGCGUCACCAUUCGCAGGGAUUCGGAGCAGUCCACGGCGUCCGUGUCUCCCGUCAGGACCUUCACUGUCAAAUCCUCUCCCGCGCCAGCCCCAGCCAAAGCCCCCGUUCGUGCCCCAGCCCCGGCUCCUGCCCGUGGUUAUGGCACUCCCUCUCGCUCUGCCUCUCCCUCCAAUCUAUCCCUCACUCGCACUGUUUCCGUUAAGAGUCCGGAGAGAAAGUCAAGCGUCAUCUCCCACUUCACCCCCGCCGAGCACAAGUACGAGGCUACUGGCUCAGUCACCAUCAACCAGUCGUCAGCUUAAGUAACUGUCCAAGUGUCUCGUCGUCAGUCCUCUGUAUCCUCACCGUCCGUAUUGAUGUUUUAGUGUCUGUACAAUGUAGACAGUGUUAUGAUUAAGUCGAUGCUUUGUAUCUUCUGUGAUGUGCUGUGAGUAUUGCUUGGCAGUGGGCGAGCAGAGCGAUUCACUAACCCUUUGCCUCUUUUUUUCACCCGUAACUCGUUACCUUUGUCCCUAAACUCCCUAUACCAACCCUCUCUCCACUCCCUCAUCCCUGAAUCUGCCUGGGACCCGCGGGAAUUUUCGUGUUGUCUUUCCUCUCCGCACUGAUGUAUUUGUUCUAUUUAUUCGACUCGAUCCCGAAGUACCUUAUUUACGACCUCUUUAGUGGGACGAACUGAAGCUUCUAUUUAUUGAGAUUUUCUUGAAAAAAUAAUAUUUUACU